AUGGUUAGAACCCGUGUAUUAUUCUGCUUAUUUAUAUCUUUUUUUGCUACGGUUCAAUCGAGUGCUACACUUAUUAGCACUUCAUGUAUUUCCCAAGCUGCGCUAUACCAAUUUGGAUGUUCUAGUAAAUCUAAAAGUUGCUACUGUAAAAACAUCAAUUGGCUGGGUUCAGUGACAGCAUGUGCCUAUGAGAAUUCCAAAUCUAACAAAACACUAGACAGCGCCUUAAUGAAGUUAGCAUCCCAAUGUUCAAGCAUCAAAGUUUAUACUUUAGAGGACAUGAAGAAUAUUUAUUUAAAUGCGUCAAAUUAUUUGAGAGCACCUGAGAAAAGUGAUAAAAAAACCGUGGUUAGUCAACCGCUCAUGGCGAACGAGACAGCGUAUCAUUAUUAUUAUGAGGAAAAUUAUGGUAUCCAUCUUAACCUAAUGCGCUCUCAAUGGUGCGCUUGGGGUCUCGUCUUCUUCUGGGUGGCUGUGCUUACUGCAGCCACUAUCUUGAACAUUCUGAAAAGGGUGUUUGGUAAGAACAUCAUGGCAAACUCCGUCAAAAAAUCACUUAUUUAUCCUUCUGUUUACAAAGAUUAUAAUGAACGAACUUUUUAUUUAUGGAAGCGUCUACCAUUUAAUUUUACAACUCGAGGCAAGGGUCUCGUCGUAUUAAUUUUUGUUAUUUUGACUAUAUUAUCUCUCAGUUUUGGUCAUAAUAUUAAACUUCCACACCCAUAUGAUAGGCCCAGAUGGAGAAGAAGUAUGGCCUUUGUGAGUCGUAGAGCAGACUUGAUGGCCAUUGCACUUUUCCCAGUAGUCUAUCUAUUCGGAAUAAGAAAUAAUCCCUUCAUCCCUAUAACAGGGCUUUCCUUUUCUACAUUUAAUUUCUAUCAUAAAUGGUCUGCCUACGUUUGUUUCAUGUUGGCCGUUGUACACUCAAUUGUCAUGACCGCCUCGGGAGUGAAAAGAGGUGUGUUUCAAAGUCUGGUUAGGAAAUUUUACUUUAGGUGGGGUAUAGUGGCAACGAUAUUAAUGUCUAUUAUUAUUUUCCAAAGUGAAAAAGUAUUUAGAAAUAGAGGGUAUGAGAUAUUCCUUCUUAUUCAUAAAGCGAUGAAUAUUAUGUUCAUUAUUGCCAUGUACUACCAUUGUCACACCCUGGGCUGGAUGGGUUGGAUUUGGUCAAUGGCUGGUAUUUUAUGCUUUGAUAGAUUCUGCAGGAUUGUUAGAAUAAUCAUGAAUGGUGGCUUGAAAACUGCUACUUUGAGUACCACUGAUGAUUCUAAUGUUAUUAAAAUUUCAGUAAAAAAACCAAAGUUUUUCAAGUACCAAGUAGGAGCUUUCGCAUACAUGUAUUUCUUAUCACCAAAAAGUGCAUGGUUCUAUAGUUUCCAAUCACAUCCAUUUACAGUAUUAUCGGAACGACACCGUGAUCCAAACAAUCCAGAUCAAUUGACGAUGUACGUAAAGGCAAAUAAAGGUAUCACUCGAGUUUUGUUAUCGAAAGUUCUAAGUGCUCCAAAUCAUACUGUUGAUUGUAAAAUAUUCCUUGAAGGCCCAUAUGGUGUAACGGUUCCACAUAUCGCUAAGCUAAAAAGAAAUCUGGUAGGUGUAGCCGCUGGUUUGGGUGUUGCGGCUAUUUAUCCGCACUUUGUCGAAUGUUUACGGUUACCAUCUACUGAUCAACUUCAGCAUAAAUUUUACUGGAUUGUUAAUGACCUAUCCCAUUUGAAAUGGUUUGAAAAUGAAUUGCAAUGGUUAAAGGAGAAAAGUUGUGAAGUCUCAGUCAUAUAUACUGGUUCCAGUGUUGAGGACACAAAUUCAGAUGAGAGUACAAAAGGUUUUGAUGAUAAAGAAGAAAGCGAAAUCACUGUUGAAUGUCUCAAUAAAAGACCUGAUUUGAAAGAACUAGUGCGCUCGGAAAUAAAACUCUCAGAACUAGAGAAUAAUAAUAUUACCUUUUAUUCCUGCGGGCCAGCAACGUUUAACGACGAUUUUAGAAAUGCAGUGGUCCAAGGUAUAGACUCUUCCUUGAAGAUUGACGUUGAACUAGAAGAAGAAAGUUUUACAUGGUAA